AUGAUAGUGUAUCGAUACGAGGCCAAGUCAUGUUAUUUUUGUAGAAAUUUGACUGUUGUCAUUCGCUACAAACAAAAGCCCACAAAGUGCGAGAGUAUUCCAUUGCUUAAAAAAAAAUAUGGUGAGGAAAAUUCUNAGCACGAGCGGAUCCACGCGGGUGAUAGGCCCUACGGUUGCAAGUGGUGUUCGCAAAGUUUCAUCCGGAGGCACUGUCUCGUGCAGCACGAGCGGAUCCACACCGGUGACAAGCCCUACGGGUGCGGAUUGUGCUCUAAGCGCUUCGUCCAAAAAUGUCACCUCAAGUUGCACGAGCGAAUCCACACGAGCGCGAGGCCGUACAGUUGCUUCGAGUGCGCGCAAGCCUUCGCCGACAAGAGCAACCUUGCCAAGCACAUGGGCAUCGUGCACGCGUACCACUGCCACGGCUGCGAACUCAUUUUCAUCCGCAACAGAGAUCUCGAUAAUCACGUGCUCAACCACCACUAG